AAGCUACAUCCAGCCGUGCUAACAGCCAGUGGCUGCCAAAGAUAGCUUAGUGGUUAGCAUUCUUGGCACUCAGCUAACUCGUCUGCAUUUAUGGUUAUAUUUCUGAUGGGGUUUAGUUCACGUUUACUGGGAGUGUCUUCUUUAACGAUGUGGGAGUUCCUUGUGAAAGACCAGAAACACGACUUACAAUGAGUUAGUUUGACGUUAUGUGCAUAGCGGCACAGCUACCUCUGAAGACAUCCAACCGCAGUAUGCCUUCAUCACGGUUUCCCAGGUUAACAGUAGCUUGUACCAUUUCUUCAUUGUGGAUUGUGUAUUUUCUGACCCAGCUCGUGUGCAGCCAUGGAGAAGCCCUGGAGACUGUGGGGGGCGAUGGAGCGGUGCAGCCUGACUCUAGUAUCCUGGUCCUGGGGUGCCUGCCGAGUUUCACUUUUGGCUCUCAUCCUCACUUUCCACCUGUAUGGAGGUUUCUUCCUCCUCGCUCUCAUUCUUGCAUCUGUAGCCGGCAUCCUCUACAAAUUUCAGGAUGUUCUUCUCUACUUUCCCGACCAACCUUCCUCCUCUCGCCUGUAUGUUCCCAUGCCAGCAGGAAUCCUGCAUGAGAAUGUGUAUAUUCGCACCAAGGACGGCGUGAAGCUCAACCUUAUCCUCCUACGUUACACAGGAGGAGAUUCUGCUUCUGGCGUCACAUCCAACAAUCAGAGCAGCCCCACUUCCUCUGCUCCUCCUACAAUCCUUUAUUUCCAUGGCAAUGCAGGUAAUAUUGGUCACAGAGUGCCAAACGCACUUCUAAUGCUGAUCAAUCUGAAAGCAAAUGUGGUGCUGGUGGAUUACCGUGGCUAUGGAAAAAGCGAGGGAGAGCCAUGUGAAGAUGGGCUGUACCUGGAUGCCGAAGCAACCUUGGACUAUGUCAUGACACGCCCUGACCUGGACAAAACAAAAGUGGUACUCUUUGGUCGCUCAUUAGGAGGCGCUGUAGCUGUGCGUCUUGCGUCAGUAAACCCUCACCGCAUAGCGGCCAUCAUAGUUGAAAACACCUUUCUCAGCAUCCCUCACAUGGCUGCAACUCUCUUCUCGUUCUUGCCAAUGCGCCUGCUGCCCUUCUGGUGCUAUAAGAAUCAGUUCCUGUCCUACAGACAGGUGGCGCUGUGCCGCAUGCCUUCGCUGUUUGUGUCGGGUCUGUCGGACCAACUCAUCCCACCGGUUAUGAUGAAACAACUGUACGAGCUGUCCCUUGCACGGACUAAGCGGCUGGCCAUCUUUCCAGAGGGCACGCACAACGACACAUGGCAGUGUCAGGGCUACUUUGAUGCUUUGGAGCAGUUCAUGAAAGACCUGCUGAAGAGCCACGCCCACGAGGAGAGUGCUCAGGCCUCAGCCAGCGUCACCAUCAUAUGACAGAGGGUUAGGGGGUGAAGAGCUGAUUUAAGAAACUUCAUUGGUUUUUGGAGUGAAUGUACAUUUUAUGCUUUUGUUUUGUUUUUUUUAUUUCACUCUUUCUACUUUUCUGUAAAUUUGAUAUGCUAAAAAUAUUUUCACUAUUUCAAGGGUUGAGGAGAUUGUAAUAUCUCCCUGGGUUUUCUUGUGCUUCAAAUAUGAAUGGAUGUGUCUAUGACCUUUCUAUGAAUGGAGCCAGAGCGUAGUUGCUAACAUCACAAGAUGUGCUGAAACCACAGAAGAAUCUAAUAGUGUGUUUUUUUGAAAUUACCAGAAAUCAUCUGAUCUAGUUUUAAAAGAAGUUUGACCGUAAAAGGCCCUGUGGCGUUCGUGUGAAAAUUGAUCAAGAUACAAUUGACACAUCCGUGUCUAAUUUUGUAAAUUAGAGUGGUGUGUAGAGGUAUUCUGUAAAUAUAUUUGUUAAUACACAGAACUUUUCAGCUCAGAUUUAACCAAAUCUUUUUGUGUGGGUUCUUAUAUUUUACAAGGAAUACAUUGAGGAAUAUAACGAUGUGUCCCCAUCCCCCCUUAGUGUCAUGUACAUGCAACAGCUUGGCAUUUCACAACGUUCUCACAAUAAAUAUUUAUAUGCACCUUCAAAUUUGGCUUUCCACMUUAACAUAAAGAGAAGCUGCUGCAUAUUUAUCAACAGCUCACACCGAAGAAAUGGUGGGAAAUAUAAGGUGACUCGCUGAGAGCCUAUUUCCUGCCAAACUACUUCUUUGUUAGAGAUAGGAAGGUGCUGCUUUCUCAAGAAUUAGACACUUUCAAAAUACAGAUGCAUCUGAAUGAGCUGGCACCCUCUCAAAAAGUAUGGUUAUUUCUUAAAUUUAAAUGAAAAAAGUAAUACUCAUGUAUACCAUUGGUCAGUAAUUAUUUUAAAGGUGUUUAUGUUAAUUUAGAUGCUUAAGGCUUACACAUAAUUUAAACUUUAAAAUUGACAUUCUUUACAUAAUAAAAAGGUUACAGCAGGUUCAAUUAAAAAAAAGCUAGUAAUCUGCAUCUCCAUGAAACCUGUCAGCAAAAGGAAGCAUACAGUGCUCUAAAAGUUCCAGUUAGACAUCAUAAAACACUAUGAACAAAACUCAGCAGAUGACAUGGGCCCGUAAACCUUCAACAACUGUUGAAACUUCACACUGAACCGCUCCCAACUUGGAUUCUGUAUCUUUCCAAACUCCAUCCUGACUGAUUAUUUUGAAAUGAAAUGCAAAAUUAGCUUCUUUUUUUCUGCGGGAAAAGGUCUUUCCCAUUCAUCAGAAAACCAGGCCCCUCUGUUUUCACCUCAGCCCAGGUAAGGUGCUUCUGGUGUUAACUGGUUUAGAAGUGACUUAACACAACCAAUGAAACACUUGUAACACAGGUCUUGGAUACAUCUGUGUGGUACCUCUGGGGACCCUGACUUGAGAGGCAGUCCUCACUUUCUGAACAUUUUUUCCUUCCUCUCAACUAUUAGUUUAUAUUCUCUUAUGCGUAUAAACUAACUUUGAAAAGCUUUCUUUGUUAAUGACCCUUUGUGGCCUACCAGAAAUGGGUCAAAACUGUACUGGACUACAGUCAACUCAGCAGUCAUCCCUAUAUUUCAUGUAACUUAUGUGUUUAAGCUGCAUACGAGCAAUAAAGAGCUUGUAUGCAGCUUAACGUAUUUCUGAGAUUUAAAUCUGGGGUUUUAAUUGUUCUAAGCCAUAAUGAUUCAAUGAUAUCACUCAGUUUUAAUUAAUCUAUAAAAGAGUUCAACUUUAAGUUGAAUUACUGAAAUAAAUUAAUUUCCUGAAAAUAUUCAAAUGUACCAAGAUUCACUCAUACAACUAGCCAACAGAGGAACUCUCAAAAUGAGUUUGUCAUUACUAAGCAGCUAACAUUGAUAAUGCUUGGUGCAAAGAGGCAAUUCAGAGAAAAUUGGUUGCUAUGGUAAUCAGCUUGGCUCACGUGGAGAAUCUAUUUGCGAUGAUUCAGGACAAAAUUUCCGCAUUUUAUUUCCAAGCUGUGGUAAUGUGAAUAAAUGAGUCAUUGAUAAUAAGCAGGAAAGAAACGACCUGUUAAGUAACAAGAAAACAUUGUAGAUUAUUGGUGAACUGCAACAAAUCCUAAGAACUAGAUUUUUGUGAACUCCAAAGCCACAUGUUCGUUUCAGUUUGUCCUACAUGUUUUAUGCACCGGCCAGUUCAACUGGGGAUUUUCAGUAAUUGGUCAGCGCUUGUUCCUUCCCCUUUAAAACAUACAAUGUAUGCUGGUGUGUGUGUUGCAUUACAGUAGGGGGGGGGCGAUAUGUUAGCCCCUUAAGCACUGGGAAUAAAGUGAGCAUUUUUAGUCUAAUGUGAUUAUUUAUGAGCUAUUAUCCUUUGCAUUUUAAUUGUUAAUUGAAGGAUCCUGUCUCCCUGUGCUUCUAUAGCAAAACAUCUUUUCUCUCUUAGGGAGGGCUUUUAAUGAGCUAAUUAACCUUUCCUGCAUGUCUUCCACAGGAUGGGGCUAAAACCUGAAGAUUAAAAUCCUAUUAUCCACUCUUGCUUUCUGAAUGCAGCACACUGCACAGCAGUGGUUUGAAAGCCAUUUGAAUAUAUUCAGUAGGUCUCAGCCAUAUUAGAUAAAAAAAAAAAAUAUUGAUAGCAGUGAAAAGACCCAACUGCUGUCUGUCAAUGUAACUACAACUUGACAUGGUCUGCGGCCACUAUGAAUGUAAGUGUGGUCUUUAGCUAAAAUGCAUCGUAAAACAGAUUGUGUAAUGAUCGUCCUUCCUCCGACUUCUGUGACUUCUUACCACUGGUUGCACUAAACAGUUUCAGACAAUUUUUGUAUGAUAUUAAAUCCAUAUGCUGAUUUUGUGCAAUCUAAAUUUAGCUGUGUGAACAUAAACUUAUUUUUCCUCCACCAGGUUUGUUUCAGAUAUCUGCUGAUUGUUAAAUAUCUUCAUCCAUGAAGAUAUUUGCCUUUCACCCAAUUGUUUCACAUUCUAGUUUAAAACUAUUUUAUGAGUAUAACACUUAAUUGAGAUUGUCACAAAAUAUGGGUUUCUUUAACACAAAGUAUAAAAUAAAAUUGAAUGUCUCUUGAUUUUUUUUCUCUUAGAAAAAUGUUAGGUGUGCAAAGCUACUUUGAGUGAUAUUUUUCUAUGUUCUUAGAGCGAUUGCUGUUGGAAAAGUUGACAUGAUUUGAGAUUUUAAGAGUUAAUGUUGCAAGCUGGCAUGUGUUUACAUUUCGUCUUGGCAAGCUUCUUGAAUGAACAUGCACAGUGCUGAAAUACUUUGUGUACACGCACCUUGAUUUUAAACCAUGACUUCACUUUAAAGAACCAUUGAUGAGACAUGUGAAUGAGCUGUUUUUAUCAUUGGAACAAAGCAGUCGCUUUGACUGACUUUCCAUUUCAGAGUUAUGUAUCUUUUCUAUUUCUUUCAACUUCUUUUGUAAGCACACAUUUUCACUUUCUAUUUUCUGUAUUGUAACAUGCAAUAAAUUGAUACAGUAAAAUAGUG